AGGGAUGAACUUAGAAAAAAAGGAGGUGAAAACAACAGUUCCGAAAUGACAGCAAUCCAGUAACCGACUAAAGUGGAAAACUGCAAAUCGUUUACCGAACACAACAAUGGGUUGUCCUUUUGCAUCUAGAGAUUCAACUCAACACUUCAGAGGUAGUGCCCAUUUUGGAGAUUCAACACCCAUGUUGAAGCGUGGAUACAAACCAAAGCCAUGGAGUGGAGCUCAGAAUUGCCGGGUUUCUGUGUUCCUCAUGUUUUUUACAUUGGUUCUAAUGUUAGUGGUUUUCCUUUUAGUAUUUCGUUAUGACAGUGAUGGUGCUAAUCCCAUUUUAGCUUAUGAACUUCCUAAACAAAAAUGGAAUAGCUUUGACUCUUUGGUGCAUUUGCAUCCAACAAAAGAGUUCCGGAAUGAAACUGAUUUGAUAUGGCAAGUGCCUGAAUCACCUAAAGGUGUUCUCUUUCUGGCUCAUGGAUGCAAUGGCAGGGCCAUCAACUUCUGGGACAAGUCCCCUAAAUGCCCUGAUUGCAUUGGUUUGCCUGAGGAACGGUUGCUUGUACUCCAUGGUCUUGCCCAAGGUUUUGCUGUCAUUACUAUUUCAAGUGCACAAAGAUGUUGGACAUUUGGUAAAGAAGUGUUGGUUGUUAAAGACAUUAUAGAGUGGUGGAUUGGUAGAAAGAAGCUUGAGAAGCUUCCUCUUGUGGCUUUGGGUGCUUCUUCUGGAGGGUAUUUCGUGUCUGUGCUUGCCACCGCCAUGAAGUUUAGUAGUACUGUGCUCAUGAUUGCUGAGGGGAUGUUUGAGCAAAUUGAUGUUAAAGGGGACUACCCGCCGACCCUUUUUGUUCACAUGCCCAAAGAUCUUUAUAGGCAGCAGAAAAUAGAUGAAUAUGUGGAGGUUUUAAAAGAUAAAGGGAUUGAUGUUGGUGUUGUUGAAUGUUUGGAGUUUCCAUUGUCACCAAGUACUUUAGCUGAUAGAAUUCCAGGGCUUGAUCAGGCUCUUUCCAGAAAUUUAUUUGAGUUCUUUCAGGAAAAGGGCUUUAUUGAUAAAAAUGGUUAUAUGAGGAAAGAUGGGCGUCAAAUCAAAUGGAAAAAGGCUUUUGAGGAGAAGAAAGCUCUUCUGCUGGAUAAGAAUCUGGUCCCUCACAUCCAAGAGGAGCUAAACCUUGCAUUUGCUUACCAUGAGAUGACUAGUGUGCAUUCUGACCAAAUUUUUAAAUGGUUGGAAACUCACAUGAGCUGAUCAAAACUUACCUGCAUUGAAACCACUUGUAUAUGAUGGACCUAUCCUUCGUCUCAAUUUUCCUGAAAUUCAAUCUGAGAUCCAUUGACUCAUGUAAAAACUGCUAUAGUGGUUUCUUUAUCAGAGAUUGAGUCUCAAAGGCUGGAAUUUCUUAAUUAGGUGCUACCGUCAGAAGUUAUCUAUGUAAAAGGUAUGCCUCUGAACCUUUGCACCAAUACCAUGUGUGCUUUGGCAAGCAGUAUGCUGAAUGUUAUCUUAGAUUUUGUUAAAAUUGUAAUCUUUCUACUGUUUUUCUUGAGAUUCGAAGCACGAAUAAUUGUUUAAUCUUUGAAAUUCAAAUACCCUGGUGGACUUGAGUUUCAAAAUACACUUUUUAAUAUGGCUAUCAAAUUAUGAGUCUGACCCUGCAAGUUUGACUACUA